UGUCCUUUUGUUUAGCUAACGUUGGAAUCAAACUUGCCAGCAAACGGCAAAGCUGCUGUGAAUGUUUGUGUCUCAGUCCUCCUGCUUUCGUCUGUCAAACAUGUUGCAAAGUCCUCUCCUGCUGGCAUGGCUAACACUGACAUCCGAACCCAUUGAGUGUCUACAAGGAGUUGGAAAUUCCCUUGGUAUUAAUAUCAGCAACACAAAUCAGGAACUAGAUAAAGCUCUGAGCAAAUUUGGUUUUGUUGGACGUAGCUGCAAAGAUAUUCAACAGAAAUAUGGUGUUCAAAAAGACGGCCUGUAUUACCUCAGCACGUCCAGUGGGGUGCUGUACCAGACCUACUGUGACAUGACCACUGCAGGUGGAGGCUGGACGGUGGCCAGUGUGCACGAGAACAACAUUUACGGGAAAUGCACUGUGGGGGACCGCUGGUCCAGUGAGCAGGGGAGCAAUCCCAACCGCCCCGAUGGAGAGGGCACAUGGGCCAACCUCAACACCUUUGGCACUGCAGAGGGGGCAACAUGUGAUGACUACAAGAAUCCUGGCUACUAUGAUAUCAUAGCAGGAGAUGUGUCUGUUUGGCAUAUCCGUAACAACGCUCCACUACAGAACUGGACGAUUGCCUCGGUCCUACGAUACCACACAGAAACCAGCUUUCUUACACUGCAUGGAGGAAACCUCUACCAACUCUUCCAGCGCUUCCCAGUGAGGUACAACAUUGGCGCAUGUGGCACUAACAAUGGACCAUCUAUUCCUGUGGUGUAUGAUUAUGGAGAUCCUGACACCACAAGAGACUUGUAUGGGCCACAUGCUAGAAAUGAGUUCCAACCUGGUUUCAUCACCUUCAGUGUGUUCAACAACGAGAGGGCAGCAAUGGCCAUCUGUUCUGGAGUGAAACCUACUGGGUGCAAUACCGAGCAUUACUGCAUUGGUGGUGGGGGACACUUUCCUGAAGCUGCUCCUCGUCAGUGUGGCGACUUCCCAAGCUUUGACUGGGACGGCUAUGGGACCAACAGCGGCUGGAGCUCGUCCAGAGAGAUGACUGAAGCUGCAGUGCUGCUCUUCUACCGCUGAGCCUCCACAGUAACACUAUAGCGGUCCACAGGAGAACAGGAUACAAUGUUUGGGAAUUAAUUGACGGUCUGCUUGGGGACAGGUAUAGCCUGUGUUUCUGAUAUUUGACAUUUCUAUCCCCAUAUUAAGUGGUGGAAAGAUGGUGUAAAUGCAUACAGUUUGCUGAAAGAUCUCAACCCCCCCUCCCGGUUAUUUUCUUGCUGAGGUCUACUUUAGGGUUAAGGAUUUGUCUCCUGUAGUCAGCUAGAGCCAUCAUUUCAGACUUCAGUGCAUGCACCUGUUAAUUUCCUGCCAUGGCACUUAUUAUAAGCACAUGAAAUAAACAUCCAAUGAACAGA